CAUGGCGAUCCAGGACUGGCCCUGCUAGCCGACCGCUCACACCACACUGUGUUGUCAAACUUCAGCUGUUGUCUGCGUGAUAAACGUGGCACGUCGGAGCUCGCAGGGAGUCACGCGUCGGACAAGUUGUUUAGUUCGCAGCGACACGACUGAGAGCUGGACCGACGAGCUGUCAACAACACCGUCUGACAGUCAAACGGCCCUCUUCAGUCUAUGGGCUCUCAGUCCAGUUCUGGGAUGUCUGGUGGAAGGGGCUCUUCCAGUGGCAACCCAGCUGAGCAGCCUGAAGCAUCAGAACCGAACCAGAGCAGCAGCAGCAGCAGCAGCAGCAGCAGUAGCAGCAGCCGGGGCCGCAGGACGGCUGACAGGCAGCAACCAGACAUACAGCCAGCAUCAGAGGAGGACGUUGACUUAGCUGAAGUGCUGGCUUACCUACUGAGGAGGGGCCAGGUCCGGCUGGUCCAUGGGAGUGGAGCCACAGGGCUGCAGCUGGUCCAGUCAUACUCUGACUCUGAUGAGGACAGCGACGGAGCCUGGGAUGGUCGGCUGGGUGACCGCUACAAUCCACCAGUGGACACCCAACCCGACACACACGAAGUGGACCAAAGUGAGAUCCGAACUCAGAUCCUGCUGGCCACCGGCUCCUUGACCGUGAAAGGCCGCCACAGUUUCACCCACAUGCUAACAGAGAGGAGGCAAGGCAGAUGUAGAGGCUCCAGCUUUUCUCAUGGAGAGUGCAGUCGUAUCCGCACACAUUUUCUGCCAAACUAUGUAUCCCACAAGGAUACGUACCAGCAGAAAGCCUUCUGUGGAGUGUACAGCGAGGAUGGCAACAUGUUCCUUUCUGCCUGCCAAGACCAGAACAUCCGCUUGUACGACACUACCAGGGGCCGCUUUCACUUAAAGCGAACAGUGAAGGCUCGCGACGUGGGCUGGAGUGUCCUGGACGUCUGCUUCACCCCUGACUCACAAAAUGUGCUCUACUCCAGCUGGUCCGACUACAUUCAUUUGUGCAGUAUAGAUGGAGACAGUGAAAACCACACCGCCUUGGACCUCAAUCCAGAUGAGAGGAGGUUCUGUGUGUUCUCACUGGCUGCGUCCACAGAUGGCAACGAGAUCCUGGGAGGAGCAAAUGACGGCUGCCUUUACGUUUUUGAUCUGGAGCAGAAUAAACGAACGUUGAAGAUUGAUGCCCAUGAGGACGACGUGAAUGCGGUGGCGUUUGCCGACAGCUCGUCCCAGCUGCUCUUCUCUGGCAGCGACGACGCGCUGUGCAAGGUGUGGGACAGACGGACGCUGCGGGAGGACAGACCGCAGCCUGUCGGACAGCUGGCCGGCCACCGAGACGGCAUCACCUUCAUCCACAGCAAGGGUGACGCACGCUAUCUGAUCAGCAACUCAAAGGACCAGUCCAUCAAGCUCUGGGACGUCAGGAAGUUCUCACCCAAAGAGGGUUUGGCAGCUUCCCGCCUGGCUGUCACCCAACAAAAUUGGGAUUACCGCUGGCAGCAGGUUCCCCAGAGAGCCCUGAAGAGACACAAGCUGACAGGCGACACCUCGGUGAUGACCUACCGUGGACACGGCGUUCUGCACACCCUCAUACGCUGCCGGUUCUCUCCGGAGUUCACCACUGGACAGAGGUUCAUCUACUCCGGCUGCUCCACUGGCAAAAUCAUCGUUUAUGACGUGCUGACGGGCGCCGUGGUCUCCAGACUGUCGGGUCAUGACGCAUGUGUGAGGGACGUCAGUUGGCACCCGUACGAGGACAACAUCGUCAGCAGCUCUUGGGACGGAGCGGUGCGAAUGUGGGAGCACAGACAGACCCAUCCGCUAGAGGAGGAGAGAGAGCGGGAGAGAGACUGACAACGGGAGAAAGACCUUUAGACAGCAAGAGAAGAAGAGAGACAAAGGAGAAGAUGUCGGAAGAAGUGACAUCACCACAGAAGGGGCGAGGCUGGCCUUAACACAGGAAGUCUAUACGCUCAGAAGGACUGGGAGAGACUUAAAUAUUUUUUAAAUUCAAUGCUGGAUAUUAAUGAUUACAGUUAUAGCGUGGUUGUGAAGUGUUCAUUUGGAAGGCAUCAUAGCCUUACAUUGUCAAGAGCAGUUUAGGACACAGUGGGUCGGCCUACUUCUGUUUCUUUGUUGUUUUUUUCGCCUCACUGUUUUGCGCAAAGUCAACAACAGGCCAAAGCUUUUGAACUUGGCCUGAAACACUUCACAAAAAUGUGCUAAAGCUGGAAAUGCUAAGCACUGCACUUACUUAAUGAGCUAUUGAAAUUUAAUGAUAAAUUAGUUAUAUAAAAGUCAAUGUUGGAUAAUGCAGGGAGGAACUGGCGAUGAUGAUUCUGUAUAAAUGUAUAGUAUUUUAAUGGUAUGUGCAUUCAGGGAGUGUAUUUAGAAAGUUGUCAGUGUGCUGAUUUGGACUCUUGACCUUGCUGGUAUGAAUAACACGAGCUCUGUCCUAUUUGAGGGGCCGUCACGUUCAAGGUCCACAUUUAAAGGCUGAUUCUUUUAUAAUGAUCCAGUACAUGUCACUGCCCGGAGGUUACCAUUGGUCCAUGUCUUGUUCAGCUGUUCAAGGGAAACCUCCUGUGUUCCGCUGUGUUCAGUUUCCGGUAUUGGAUAUUGACAGCAUACCAAGAUGACAAAGACACCCCAAACUCCCUUAGCAUACUGAGUCUCGUCGUUUUACUGUCGAGCUCACAAUGAUUUUAUGUCCUAACCUCUUUAGGUCACCUUAAGUCUGCGGUCUUAGUCUAAGGUCUUAUUAUUGAUCCUGGGUCAGCACUCAGCUCUGUAAACACAAGCCCUGAGAAAAAGAAAAAAAGAGUGAUUGGUUGCCCACUAUAAACCUGUGAUCAGUUUAAAAGAUUGGAAUGUGUGUGAUAAUAUGUUGAGGUCGAGACUUGGUGAAGGGACUGGGGAUGUGUGCGUGGAUCAAAACUUACACACUGAUCUGUUUAUGCAAUUUUCAGGUGUUUAUAUCAAAGCCCAUAUUUCACUCUCAGACCGUUGUUUUACAGUAACAAUAAAACCUUUCAAUGUAUCGCCACAACCCAAAGCUUUACGCUGAGUAAUUGCUGCUCCUAUUAAGAAGAAAUGACUUUGUUAAAUGUUUUUCAAUUUGCUUUAUAAGGCUUUAAA